CCCGAUCCCAGGGGUGCCUUGCGAACCCUAAGUGGGGUGUCUUGGAGAGCUUGUCAGGAGGGAGCAGUGAGUGGCACCCUGGAGCUCCUGGACUUUGGGGUCAGGAGACCGGCGUCGGAGAGGAUCUGGGAAGAGUUGAGGAUACUCCCCCAAGUUCCCUCUUCCUGUCCCACACUCUGCCUCUGCUAGAAAUAGACUUCCCUCGGCCCAUCGCACUGCCAAGGCCCGACUCCUUUUCCUUCUCUUCUCUGUCUCUCCUCUGGGGUCUUCGGCCUCCCUGACUCGCACCUUUCUGCUUCCCACUUCUCAAGCAAGGUCUGCCGCAUGUGAUGAAAGUAUCUACUCUCAGGGAAAGCACAGCCAUGGCUUCCCCACCGCCCCGGGAGAUGGAGGAGGAGCCGGUGCCUGCUGGCUUGGAGCCAGGUGAUGCUCGGGCCAAACCCCCAGUCAAGCCCAAACCCCGGGCUCUACCUGCCAAGCCAGCCCUGCCUGCCAAACCCAGCCUGCUAGUGCCAGUUGGGCCUCGGCCUCCACGGGGUCCCCUGGCCGAGUUGCCUUCUGCCAGGAAGAUGAACAUGCUGGCGGGACCCCAGCCCUAUGGUGGCAGCAAACGUCCCCUUCCCUUCGCACCAAGGCCUAUGGCCGAGGCCCCUGCUGGAGGAGAGGCCUCUCAAGAGGCUGGGAAAGAGGAGGCCGGGAGAGAGGAGCUGCCCCCUCUGACGCCCCCGGCUCGAUGUGCUGCCCCAGGGGGUGUGCGGAAGGCCCCUGCCCCUUUCCGCCCAGCCUCUGAGCGCUUUGCAGCGGCCACGGUGGAAGAGAUCCUGGCCAAGAUGGAGCAGCCUCGGAAGGAAGUCCCUGCCAGCCCUGACCGCCUCUGGGGCUCCCGCCUCACCUUUAACCAUGAUGGCAGCUCACGAUAUGGCUCCAGGUCCUACGGUGUGGCCCCUGGCCCCAGGGAUGAGGACGGCAGGGUGUGGCCCCAGGAGGGCCCAGCCAAGUCUCCAACAGAGAGCCAGGAUGAGCGCAGCAAGACCCCUGAGGAGAGGAGCCCCCCUUCCGAUCGUCCCUUCAACGGGGACCUGGCUAAACCGACCAGCACUGAGCCACCUGCCGAUGUUUCCAAGCCCUGUGUCCCCUCAAGUCCAGACUCCACCUCAGAGAACGGAGGCUCUGCCAGUCCAGGCCUCCCUGCUGAAGGUGCAGGUCCAGGUCCCGGGCCACUCUGUCUUCAUUUACCUGCCAAGGGUUCUCCCAACCAUUCUCAGCUCCCAGAAGCCCAGUGUCUUGCCGCUUCCAAGACUCCUCCCUGCCUCCCUGUGACUCUAGCAUCCCCAAGUGCAGCCCUGCCUGACAAUGGCCCCUGCCCUACCCCCAGCCCAGGACUCCCUGUGGAGGGGGCCCCAGAGGCCCCUAGACCCAGCAGCCCUUCCUUCGAGGAGGUCUCAGGACCCAAAAGCCCAGACCAUACCCCAGCCACUUCACCCUGUCCCCUGAUUGAGGGGGAUGAGUUGCUGGGUCUCACUCGGACGUUUCCAUCUGGGGAGGAGGUGGUGGCCAAGAGUGAUGCUGGCCUCCGCCCGGUCAGUCUGGUCCAGCGCCGAUUCUCUGAAGGUGUGCUCCAGCCCCCCAGCCAGGACCAGGAGAAGCUGGGGGGCUCGCUGGCUACCCUGCCCCAAUCCCAGGGGAGUCAGUCAGCCCUGGAUCAUCCCUUUGGGGCAGAGUCCAACUGGAGCUUGUCACAGUCCUUUGAAUGGACCUUCCCCACGCGGCCCUCAGGUCUGGGCGUGUGGCGGCUGGACUCCCCGCCCCCCUCCCCCAUCACUGAAGCCAGUGAGGCUGCAGAGGCCGCGGAGGCUAGCAGCUGGGCUGUGUCCAGCAGAGGGGAAGGGAUGCCGCAACAGGGGCAAGGGGCCAGCUCAGCUCCAGGGGGUCCAGGAAGGCCUAGUUCCUGGGUCCAGGGGGAUGACCCAAGCAUCUCCCCAACCCAAAAGGGUGAUGGGCGGAGUCAACCUCAGUCCCCAGCUGUUCCCCUUGAGCCCUUUCCUACAGCCGGGGAUCCUCCGGGAUCACCCUUGCUGCGGGCAGAGGAGAGGUAUGAAGAACGGGAGCCCUUGGCAGGACAGGAGUCCCCGCUCCCUCUGGCCACCACAGAGACAGCUCUGCCCGUCCUGGAGCCCAUCCUGGGGCAGCAGCAGCCAGCACCCCCUGACCAGCCCUGUGUCCUCUUUGCUGAUGCCCCUGACCCUGGGCAGGCACUGCCUGCAGAAGAGGAGGCCGUGACCCUAGCCCGGGCCGAGACCACCCAGCCCAGGACAGAGGCUCAAGACUCCUAUAGGGCGUCCCCUGAGCCUACGGGCCCGGAUAGCAGCUCUCGGUGGCUCGACGACCUUCUGGCUUCACCACCACCUAGCGCUGGUGGUGCCAGGCGGAGCGCUGGAUCUGAGCUGAAGGACCCACAGUCCCCGAGUACCUGCUCCGAGGGACUCCUUGGCUGGUCCCAGAAAGAUCUGCAGAGUGAAUUUGGGAUCACAGCAGACCCACCUUCCAGCAGUUUCCGUCCUUCCAGUUGGUGCCAAAGUGCUUCUCAGGACUAUAGUCUUGGGGGGGCAACUCCUGGGGGAGACCCACGUCUAGGAAAGAGAGACUGGAGCAGCAAAUGUGGGCAAGGAACAGGGGCAGGGGGCACCAGGGAGUGGGCCAACAGGUGUAGCAUUGGCCAGGGGGAGAUCGAUGUCAGCCACAGCCAAGAUCAGAAGGAAGCAUCUGCCCCAGGGGGCCUCACAGCCCAGGACCGAGUGGUUGGAAAGCCCACCCAGCUUGGUGCUCAGCGGAGCCAGGAGGCGGAAGUUCAGGACUGGGAGUUCAGAAAGAGAGAUUCCCAGGGCACUUACUCUAGCCGUGAUGCUGAGCUCCAGGACCAGGAAUUUGGGAAGAGAGAUUCUCUGGGUUCGUACGGCAGCCAAGAUGCCAGUCUUCGGGACUGGGACUUUGGGAAGAGAGAUUCUCUGGGCGCUUAUGCCAGCCAGGAUACUGACUCACAGGGCCAGGAGCUGGGGAAGAAGGACCACCUCGGCAGGUACAGCAGCCAGGAUGCCAAUGAGCAGGACCGGGAGUUUGAGAAGAGGGAUGCCUCACUCGGCACCUAUAGCAGCCAGGGUGUGGAGCCACAGGACCGGGAAUUUGGGGAGAGUGCUUGGAUGAGGGACUACUGCAGGGGUGGCAACUCCAGGACUCUCAGUGCCCAGGAUGGAGGCUUUGGAAUGAGAGCCCUGAGCUCCGGUUUCAGCCCCGAAGAAGCCCAGCAGCAGGAUGAGGAAUUUGAGAAGAAGAUUCCAAGCAGUGAAGAUCGCCUUGGUGAGCCCAGCAGGGAUGCCAGACCACCAGAAGAGAGAAAACCAGGGGGCUCGUUCAGUCCCAGCACCACCCGGCUGACAGAUGAAGCGCUCAGGUCGAGAGACCAGAGCGGCUGGCAGGGUGGCAACGCCAGCCAACAGGUGGGAGGGCUUCAAGAGGGGCAGCAGGUGGGGACUCAGAACCCUGGCCAUGCCCACCUGGAGGGCGGGGAAGUGGGAGGGCGAGCCUGGGCUGGUGAGUUCAGCCUGAGCGUUGCCCCCCAGCCAGAGGCAGCGUUUAGCCCAGGGCAGCAGGACUGGAGCGGGGACUUCUGCCUCGAGACCACCGACAGGAGCUAUCAGUUUGGCAUCAUUGGCAAUGACAGAAUGGGUGGUACUGGCCUGAGCCCUUCCAACAAGACAGGAAGUGGCCACUUUGUGCCUCCUGGGAAGGCCACGGCUGGGCCUGUGGACUGGACUGACCAGCUAGGUCUCAGGAACUUGGACGUGUCCAGCUGUGUGGGUUCCGGGGGCUCGAACACGGCCGGGGAGCAUGCUGUGGGACAGAUGGGCUGGUCAGACAACCUGGGCUUGAGGGACAUGGACCUGGCCAGCCGUUUGGAAAGCGGAGGGUCUGAAGAGCCCAGGGGCAUCAGAGUCGAGGAGAAGGACUGGACUGCUGAUGUUGGGUUGAGGAGCAGAGACGUGGGGGAGGGAGGAGGCCACAGCCAGGCCAGAGAGAGUGGCGUGGGGCAGACCGACUGGUCCAGUGUGGAGGCCGGAGAAUUCCUUAAAUCGAGGGAGCGUGGAGUUGGACAGGCAGACUGGACACCUGACCUCGGGCUGAGAAACAUGGCCCCAGGAGCAGGCUGCAGCCCCGGAGAGCCCAGACAGCUCGGGGUGGGCCAGGUAGACUGGGGCAACAAUCUGGGCCUGAGGGAUUUGGAGGUUUCCUGUGAUCUAGAGUCUGGAGGUUCUCAGGAACCGCGGGGAUGUGGAGUGGGCCAGAUGGACUGGGCCCAAGAGUUGGGGCCCCGGAAUGUGGAGCUCUUUGGGGUCCCGAGUAAAGCCAGGGAGCAUGGGGUGGGAGAGGUCGGCCAGUGCCCAGAGCUUGGCCUCAGGGAUGGUGAUGGCUUGUCCCCUGGCCUGGAGGCCAGAGACCCCUUGGAGGCCAGGGAGCUGGGGGUUGGUGAGAUGAGUGGGCCAGAGACCCAGGGCGAAGAUGGCUCCUCGCCUUCCUUGGAGGCUCGACCAGAAGACCGUGGAAUGGAGACUGGAGAAGCCCCCAGCUCUGGAGCCAGCCCCGGUGAGUGCCGGGCCCGCUCUCCUCCUUCUGGCUCCCACGGCCUGCUGGAGGAGAUGCUGGCAGCUAGCAGCUCCCAGGCGGUCCGUAGGGAGUCGGCGGCCUCGAGCCUUAGGGGCCUCUCGGAGGAGGAAGGAGCUGCAGCAGGUGCUGACGGAGAAGAGCCUCUGGAGCCCUGUGGGGACCUUCUGCCCUCCUGGAGGCCCCAGCCGGAUGGCGAGGCCAGCCGGGCAGAAGACGUGGAUGGCACCUGGGGCCCUUCAGGGGCCGGGCAGGGGCCGGGCCGCACCCCUCGGCGCGUCCCCCAAGGGCCUCCUCCCAGCUCCUCCAGUCAGGACUUUGCCUUCAUCGAGGACACUGAGAUCCUCGACAGUGCCAUGUUUCGGAGCCGUGCCAGCCUGGGGCGCAAGCGUGGGCAUCGGGCCCCGGCAAUCCGGCCCGGGGGUACCCUGGGCCUGUCGGAGGCAGCGGACUCAGACGCACGCCUGUUCCAGGACUCCACGGAGCCACGGGCUUCUCGGGUGCCAUCUUCUGACGACGAGGUGGUGGAAGAGCCUCAGAGUCGCCGGACACGGAUGUCUCUGGGCACCAAGGGGCUGAAAGUCAACCUCUUUCCUGGCCUGAGCCCAUCAGCUCUGAAGGCCAAGCUGCGACCCCGGAACCGCUCAGCUGAGGAGGGGGAGGCGGCAGAGAGCAAGUCAAGCCAGAAGGAGUCUGCGGUCCAGCGCUCCAAGUCCUGCAAGGUCCCGGGGUUGGGGAAGCCCCUCACAUUACCUCCCAAGCCAGAGAAAUCCUCAGGGUCAGAAGGAUCAUCACCCAACUGGCUGCAAGCCCUGAAGCUGAAGAAGAAGAAGGUCUGAGAAGUCACUGAGGUUCUUCCUAUCUGGUGGUCUCAGGCAGUGCCCACUCCUGUGGCGUCCCUGGGCGCCCCUGGAGCCCCACCAUGUCCCGGGCUGCAGCCUCUGUCCCCCUCCACCUCUGAGGAGCGUCUGGGGAGGCACAUUUAUGCACUUUGUAUCACCCUCCCAACUCCCCCCCUCCACAUCUCCCCCCGCCAGCCUCGAUUUUGUCACUAGUGGUCGAAGGUUUUGUCCCUCCCUCUGUCUUCCUUCUCCCUCUCUGCUUCCUCCUCCAGCCUCCCUUGGGUUUUUUUUAAUACCAAUUUAUAGCAUUUUUUAUAAAAGCCUUUGAUUUUUUUGUAAUGGGCGGGGCUCUACCCCUGCCUCACCCCAGGUCUCGCUCCGCCCUGCCAGGCGCCCCACAGAGACCAAUGACGUUUUGCCACUUGAAACAAGAAAUAAAAUUUUUUGGGAAUUGGU